AUGGAGGCGGCGGCCGCUGCUCCACGUCGCCGGCAGCUUCUCAUCAUGUUGGUUGCGGCGGCGGCGCUGCUCCCGGGAGCGAAGGCAUUACAAUGUUUCUGCCACCUCUGUACUAAGGAUAAUUUUACCUGUGAGACGGAUGGUCUUUGCUUUGUCUCAGUCACUGAGACCACAGACAAAGUUAUACACAAUAGUAUGUGUAUAGCUGAAAUCGACCUAAUUCCUCGAGACAGGCCAUUUGUUUGUGCACCGUCUUCAAAAACAGGGGCAGUUACUACAACGUAUUGCUGCAAUCAGGACCACUGCAAUAAAAUAGAACUCCCAACUACAGGACCUUUUUCAGAAAAGCAGUCACCUGGCCUGGGUCCUGUGGAGCUGGCAGCAGUCAUUGCUGGUCCAGUCUGCUUCGUCUGCAUUGCACUUAUGCUGAUGGUCUAUAUCUGCCAUAACCGCACUGUCAUUCACCAUCGCGUGCCAAACGAAGAGGAUCCAUCACUAGAUCGCCCUUUCAUUUCAGAGGGCACCACCUUGAAAGAUUUAAUUUAUGAUAUGACAACAUCAGGGUCUGGAUCAGGUUUACCACUGCUUGUUCAAAGAACAAUUGCCAGGACCAUUGUAUUACAAGAAAGCAUUGGCAAAGGUCGGUUUGGAGAAGUUUGGCGAGGCAAAUGGCGGGGAGAAGAAGUUGCUGUGAAGAUAUUCUCAUCUAGAGAAGAACGUUCAUGGUUCCGAGAGGCAGAGAUUUAUCAGACGGUAAUGUUACGCCAUGAAAAUAUCCUGGGAUUUAUAGCAGCAGACAACAAAGACAAUGGGACAUGGACUCAGCUGUGGUUGGUGUCAGAUUAUCAUGAACAUGGAUCCCUUUUCGAUUACUUGAAUAGAUACACUGUUACUGUGGAAGGAAUGAUCAAACUUGCUCUGUCCACAGCAAGUGGUCUUGCCCAUCUUCACAUGGAGAUUGUUGGUACCCAAGGAAAACCGGCUAUUGCCCAUAGAGAUUUGAAAUCAAAGAAUAUCUUGGUGAAGAAAAAUGGAACCUGUUGUAUUGCAGACUUGGGACUUGCUGUGAGACAUGAUUCUGCCACAGAUACAAUUGAUAUUGCUCCAAACCACAGAGUAGGCACUAAAAGGUACAUGGCCCCUGAAGUUCUAGAUGAUUCCAUAAAUAUGAAACAUUUUGAAUCCUUCAAACGUGCUGACAUCUAUGCAAUGGGCUUAGUGUUCUGGGAAAUUGCUCGACGCUGUUCCAUUGGUGGAAUCCAUGAAGACUACCAGUUGCCUUACUACGAUCUUGUACCUUCUGAUCCAUCGGUUGAAGAAAUGAGAAAAGUAGUUUGUGAACAGAAGUUAAGGCCAAAUAUUCCAAACAGAUGGCAGAGCUGUGAGGCCUUGAGAGUGAUGGCUAAAAUCAUGAGAGAAUGUUGGUAUGCCAAUGGAGCAGCUAGGCUGACAGCUCUGCGAAUUAAAAAGACAUUGUCACAACUCAGCCAGCAGGAAGGCAUCAAAAUGUAACUGAAACUUCGUGGGAACUCUGCUCUCUUCGUAUCUGCUCCUGGGUGUUUAGGAGGCCGGUUGUUCUACCUCACUGAGAGAACGGAGGGCUCUGCUUCCUCUUGCUGCAGUGGAAUAUGGUCAACUGAAAGCUUCCCAGGGUUUUUCUGAGCCCAGAGGCAGCUGUGGGGAUCCUUUCUGUGCACUAUGGAUACUUUUUCUAGACAGUUACAGAAUGUUGUGUAGUCUACUUUUGUUUUAUUAACAAAGCUUGUUUUUAAAGACGACUGCCAGCCCUUAGGGAGCUGCUGUACUAUCGACCAUCUGUAAGGGUGAAGGAGCCGGAGCGUGGAGCUAGGUGAAGCACUUCUGAUUUUCACUCCUAGGAGUACAUUCUCAGAGGAUUCUGGACCACUAGCGUUUCCUUGAGUCACUUUGAAUGUACUGUUCUAUAAUUUUUCAAGAUCUUUAACACUUAAAACUCUAUAGUCUAAAAACUAUGACCUCAUGUAGGCGUGGAGCACAGCUGAUUAGUUGUGUUUGUGUACAGCUCCUGCUCCUUCACACUCCAGACACAACACACCUUCGAAGUAGGGUUGUACUACACCAGUAAGUGCCACUUCUGUGUCUUUCUAAAUGAAAACGAACAGAACUGCUUAAAGUCUGUGUUAAGUCCUGUAUCAUUUUCAUUCAAAAAGUUUAUUUUUCUGAGUAAACUAAACCUUUUCUGGGUUUGUUUUUGUUUUUAAGAGUUUUUGUGGUAGAUGUCAUUCAGUAUUUAUGCCUUUCUCCUACCCAGAUGUGCUUGAACCACUGAGGCAAUGCUGUAGCAUUAAUAAGCAGUGACUGUCAUGCGGAACAUCCCCACACGGAGCUCUGGAGCUCUGCAGUUGAGAUGUUUAACCUGAGUUUAUUUUAAGAAGUGAAGUGGCACUCCAGACAUGUACAGUGCUUUAUAGAUUUAAUCAUUUUGGUAUACAGACUCCUUCUGAAAGGGGAGGCUUGUCUAUUGUGGAAGGAAAAGUUGUGUGCUAUUCUGUAAGCCAUUUCUUUUUCUUAAUCUGAUCAAAGACAGUGUUCUGUUGGUUUUUUUUUCUUUAUUGGAAAGGAAUUGCAUUUACAAUUCAAAUGUGGUUAAUGUUAAAUAAUAGGCCUUUUCCUAGGAAGGCAGAGAUAGCUAAUUUGAAUAUACAGCAAGUGUAGGUGACUUUCACAUGUACGUAGCUGUAAGUAUUUGUGGAUUCUAUCUUGAGAAGGGUAGAGUUACUGGAGUUCUGAGGUCUCUACACUUUGAGGAAGGCAGCUUUUAUUAAUUUAGUCUUUUUAUCUCAUAUGUGCAGAUCUUGCAACUGCUUGAUUUACAUGUAGCACUCAAUUCAGUGCCACCCUUGAUACUAGGAAAAGCGGCAGCUAAUAGCUAUUCUGCGUAGAGGCUCUUCAUAUAUUCUUGGUCAUAUGAAAUGUCAAAGUCAGCCCAUUAGGUCUUCUGACUGGUGCUGGGAGUUAGGUAGUUAAGCCUGGGUUUUAUUUCAGUGCUGUCAAAUCUUUGCAGGGCUUGCAGGGCUUUUAAAGUCCUUUUUAUCACUGUGAUCAUAUUCUAGGGGGGAAAUGUUUCAUCACUUGAGACAGGAUGUUGAACAUAGUGAUACCAAUUCCCAGAUAAAAAGGUCAAAGUAACCUUUAGUGUUUAGCCAAGAAGAGAUUGUGACUGUUGAUCUGAAGCCGCUGGGCUCUGUUAAUGUCUUAUCUCAAACCUACCAUAAAUUUGAAGACUAUUUGGUCUUAAACCAAAGUAACUGUAGAAUGAAUGACAUGUUACCUAGGCAUUAGUGUCAGUUUCAUACAUUUAAAAACAUCAUGGGAAAAAGCACUUAGAGAUUAGUAUUUUUAAUACAAAUCUGAGUUUUUUCUGUAAUUAUCAUGAUUUCAUAAUGUAAGUAAGGGUUUGUUGUUACACUUGUAUCACCUGCUUAAUAAGCUCUUGUGCUGUAAAUCAGGUACUUUUGGGGCCUUUGUUUUCUGUUUUUUCCAUUUCUAACACUUUGAGGUCUGCUUUAUAGAAAUCCAGGGACCAAUGCAUUUUAUCACUAAAACUGUUUUUAUAUAAUUUUAAGACCAUACCAAAAGUUGUCUGAGUUAAAGUUGUAAUACGUUUCUUACUUUCUUACAAGGAAAUGGGUUUUUGCUGAAGACACUUCUUAUGACAUCUGAGGUUGAAGAAUCAUUAUGUUUUUCGUACCUAAGUGGAUAAAAUGUGCUUUGAUGAAUCAGGGAAUUUUUUAAAGUUAGAAUUUAGUUCUAAAUUGAGUUUACAUGUUUACAGCUAAUUUUUUGUGUAGGGAUAGUUUGAUAAUCUCUAGGUGGCCAAUACUGAAUCUGAAAACUUAAAAACUGAGGUAGAUGAUGGUUAAUGUGGCUAUGACUAUAGACACAUUGAGUUAGAGAAGUACUUCUGUAUCAUUUUGUAGUACAGGCUGUUGUUUCUAUUGCCGCUCAAAGAUCCCCUCCCCACCCCCAAGAUGUAGCAUAGCUAAGACAUGUCAACUGACAAAUUACGUACCGUUUUGUCAGCACCCUGGCUGAGCUCGCAUGAAGGAAGUGUGACCUAACUGAGGCUUAGACAACUUGAGUCCCUUACAUCUUCAGCUCUGUUUUUCCCUCUCGGCCUUUCUGCUGCCCCCUGGCUCAGAGGCUUAUUGUUUCUGACCCUGCCUCCUGCCUUUGGACCUAAGAGCUGUUUCUGGCCCUGCCUCCCGCCUUUGGACCUAAGAGCUGCUUUUGAGACCUAAAAUGAAGUGGUUGAUGGAAGGAAGCUGUGUGACGCUCUUCCACUUUGUUGAGUCACUGGGCAUCAUGGGGAGGGAUCUGCACACUGGGGCUGGGAUGCCCCUGCUGGUGCCCCUGCUCUGAUGUCAGCUCUGGGCAAAGGUUAGGGUAACAGUUGAGUGGCACUGGGAGUUGGCCUUAGAAGCAGUGGCCAGCUGUGUCCCUAGUAGGACAGUAGAGGUAUGAAGAGCUGAGCCUAUAACCCUGCUACUACAGUCUUACUCAAGAAGUGCCUUGAGGCCCUGCGUGGUGCCAUGGCCAUCAAGAAUUCCAGACUUUGGUUCUCACUGCAGACUUAAGUGUCCAUUUGACCAUUUUUGUAAUCCGUACAUGUUUGACUCUUUCCUCUGCAAAUUGUCAGAUACGUAAAACCAAUGACAAACUACUAAACAUGCACACCAAAAUCUGCCCAGAAGACAUUGUGAUUUCACUCCAUGGACUGAAGGAAUGAUUGUAAAUCAUUUCUUCGUUCCUUGGUCAUGGGAGUGUUCUGGCUCCACAUCAUAGCGAUUUCAGAUGUUGUUCUGUAACGGCCCAGCAGACAUGUCAGUGUGCUGAGAUUCUGAAGAAUAGUUCAGGAAUGCAGUGCAGCUUCAUGUGUUGGAUGUUGAAACUUUCAUGGGCCCUCUCUAGGAAAGCUGAGGUCUGUCAGCACAUUAUUUUCAGUCCUGUUACGCACUCUUACUUACAAACAUUUAAAGAAUAUUAUCAGUAACAUUCAGUCUCUUUGUUAAAGUAAAUUUGCUUUUAUUUUUCAAUGAGAUUUGUGAGUUUAAUAUUAUGAACUGUGUUUUGAUAAUCCCUUUUUCACAUUGUGCCAAUGGAAUGGAAUAUUUGAUAUUUCUUUAUAUGUCAAGGAGAUGCUUCAAUAUGUCAUUUGCUUUAAACUUAAAUUACCUCUCAAGAGACCAAGGUACAUUUACCUCAUUGUGUAUAUAAUGUUUAAUAUUGGUCAGCAUCCGCCAGGUUUGCAGUUUUAUUUCUAUAAAGUGUGAGUAUUAUGUUGCUAAGUUACUCAGAUGGUACUGUAUUGUUUAUAUUUGUACCCCCAAAUAACAUCAUCUAUACUUUGUUUUCUAUAUUUUAUUGUAUUUGUGCAAAAGUCUUUUAUCUCUGUUGGUGUGAUCUCUGCCCUUUCAGAUAUGUACAGGUGUCCAUAGAAAUUUUCAUUUAAGCUGAAUGGUUUUGAGAAGCCUGUGAAGAGAGAAAAAAACAUAAACUGCAUUUCCCCUCAGUUUUUUAAAUGUACAUUAUAUGUGUAGUAAUAUUCCAGAUGAAUUGUAAAUAAAAACUAGGGAGAUGCUUAAGUUUCAUUCUAACACUACAGUAGAAAAUGGAAGCAAUGCAAAUAAAUGACUUUUUCCCACCAG